AAGGUGAGCGAAACAUCCAAACAGAAAGGUCGCCGGGUUGCUGCUUUAAGGCUCUCCUAGCCAAUCGGCGCGACAGAAGGGUUCCCUGGCCAAUCGGCGCGACAGAAAGCCAGCUUCUUCUGUGCACAGUCGGGAAGAGGCUGCGUGCCUUGGAAAGAAGAAUCAAUAACGCCGCGGUUUGGGUCCAGAGCCGGCUCGUCGUGAGCCUUGCGCGCAUCUGGCCUUCUGCACGCGCUCUCGGAUCAGCACCGAGGCAGAGUUGCCAGCUCGUGCCCUCUCGCCUCUGACAGCGGCAGGCCUGCCUUGACUCAGCCCCCCCCCCCGCGCCCCCGCGAAGCUCUGGCGAACGUGGGAGAUUUCCUGAGUAACAUCGGGCGAUUUCCAGGAAUCGGAGAAGGGCGGAUCUUGCCAAAAGAGCAGGGAAGGAGCUGUCUGCGAGAACCCCCGCCCUUCCCGAAGGUGGAAGGGUGGGUGGAAUGCAAGCGAGAAGGCGAUUUCUUGCAGGGACGAACCCCGGCAAAGGAGGGAGGGAGGCCUCGCAGCCGCCGGUGCAUAGAAAGCUUUCAUCGGGAGGGAAAGGAUCACAAGCCAGGCCCCCAGAGAUAGAUACCAGAAAACGGUGUGCAGACACGUGAGUGAAACAGCAGCAUCAUGGCCAGCAACAACACAUAUUCGGAGUGUGGAGAGGAGUAUUAUGGAUUAGAUGAACUGAUCAUUCGCAGUGUUGCCAUCCUCAUCUGCAUGUUUGGGCUGGUGGGGAAUGGCUAUGUUUUCUGGCUGCUUGGCUUCACCAUUAAGAGAAAUCCUUUCACCACCUAUAUCCUGAACUUGGCUGCAGCUGACUUCAGCGUGGCCAUGUUUUUGUCCUUGCGCCUUAUCCUUGUACUUGCUGAUUCUUUCGGUGGAUUAUCAUACCAGGCUCAUAUUUUACAAAUACAACUGAAAUACUUCUGUCGGUUUUCAUAUACUGCCAGCCUGUGUUUCCGUACGAUCAUCAGCAUGGAGAGGUGUCUGUCUGCCUUCUUUCCAAGCUGGCACCAACUCCGCCGGCCGAAAUGUCUUUCAUCUCGGUUAGCCUUCCUGGUCUGGACCCUGUCUGCUAUGUUCUAUGGAAUGUUGAUUUCAUUUCACCUGCAUUAUAAUAUGACACUUUUCCCAGUUUCCAGGAUCCUGUUCAUUGUGAACAUCUGGGGUUUGCCACCAAUUUUGGCUCUCUUCACUUUGGUCCUGCUUGCCAAAAUCUGUUGGAACUCUCGGCAACGACGACCACCAGGAAGAUUGACUUCCGCCAUUGUUCUCUUUCUCCUUUUUUUCCUCGUCUGCCGUGGCCCAUGGAUUAUUGCAUUCUCAUAUUGCAUAUGCUCUGAUCAGUUUUUUUACACAUUUCUUGCCAUUUCUCAUCUCCUUCACUCUGUUGAUAGCAGCAUCAAGCCAAUGUUCUAUUACUUGGUAGGGAAACAGGACCAGUGUUCCUCCACAGAGCCCCUGAAGGCAAUUCUCUGGAGGGUUUUCCAGGAUGAAGACUAUUCUACACAAGAGGAUGAGCUGAUGGGUGCAGCACACUUGAUGACGUAGCCUGAUGAAUCCAUGCCAUAAACAGUUCAAGCAAACAUUGUCCUCGAAUGGAAAUGUCUUGAUAACUGAAUGUUGAAGAAAAUAUGUCCUAAGUAGACUCUACUAUGUAGCCCAAACAACUACUUUUGGCUCCCUACCUGGGAGUAAAAAUACAAGACAUAAUCAAUAGGUUUAACAAA